AUGCCUAUGCUGUCCAAUGAGGCGCGCGGAUACGCCCUGCACCUGCCCAGCUCGGGCUAUACUGGGGAUGCCGGAGACGCCAUACGUUACAACGACGGGCAGCGGUUCUCCACUGUGGACAGGGACAAUGAUGAUCACGACUACGACUACUUUUACGGCAGCAGUUGUUCUCAGCAGUACGGACAGGGCGGCUGGUGGUUUCGCCGGUGCACCUCCUACCUCAACGGUCGCUACCUGGGCAACUGUGGGAGCUCCUGUCAGUGGAGGCAAGGUGUGAUGUGGAACGACUGGAGAGGCAAUAGUUACUCCCUGAAGUCUGUGACCAUGAAAAUUAGACCAUGA